GGGCAUCGAUCGUAAUAAUAAUGGACUAAUGAUAAACGAGCGGUAGGGUCACUCUUCUUAUUAUUGCGUUUGCGAAUGAAACGACGAGCAUCACUCCUUGGACUUUGUGUGCAAUUUUUUCUUAUAUACGUUUCUUUCGUUACACUUGCCGUACAACUUUAUCAUUUUAACGAGUUGGUAAUUGCAUGUGUUUCCAAUGAAUUUCAAUUCCAUCCUCACUAUCCUCAGCGUAGGAUAUAAUACGCAUCAAGGUUCCGUCGGCGUGAAACAUGCGUAAGCGACCAGCAAAAUCGUGCGUACUGGACGCUUGUUCGUUGUGUUGCAGCGUCGCGUCGUUAAGAAUCUAAGGAGAGCUCGGUGAAGCCGCUUCAACGUCAGUCUUCUAUCGCAAUCAGUCGCGCGCUGAGCUUUCGAUUGGUCCCACGCAAUCGCGUUCUCUCGUUUUCAAUCGGUGGCGCCUUUUCGAGAAAACCACCGCCUGGUUUCGUGUACGAAAUCUUCCUUCUUCAACGUGCAUUUUUUAAUCUCGGACGUUGUUUAUUAAAGUCUAAUCGCUCCCAGUAAACCCAUCGAUCAACUUCCAGUCGCGUGUAGUUAAUGAUGUCAUUCGAGUCGGAUCGGUUUUAGUGCAUCGAUGCAUCGCUGACGGCCACUCGAUGUGAUAAUUUCUGUGACCUUGCUCGGCCCCGUGAUCUCGUCCCAUAAAAUUAUACAGAAUCAUCGAUUUCUCGUUUCCACUCUUUAUCUUUUAAUGAUUCGUUUGGAAAGCGUCCUUGUAAACUCGUUUGAGAUCAUCUGACAGUGGUAAGUUGUCCGAAGUACGAAACAAGCGUGAACAGUAAUUAUGACUCGAGCGAAACGGGCAUAAAUUCUUAGAACGAGAGAUCCAACCAUGUCCGUAAAAUUGGAGCUGCAGACGAGCCGGAGCAACAAUGGGACUCACGAGAGUAAGACGGUAUCGUUAUCGCAUCUCAAAACGAUGGGUUCACCUGUUGACAUCGAAUUCAAUGAUCUGACCUAUUCGAUACCGACCAGUAGAAAAGGUUCGAAGAUACUAUUGAACAGUGUCAGCGGGCAGUUCAAAUCUGGAGAAUUGACCGGGAUACUGGGCCCUUCAGGAGCCGGGAAAUCGACGUUGUUAAAUAUCCUCGCGGGAUACAAAAUCAUCGGCAAUCUGGCGGGACACAUAAGCGUCAAUGGAAGGCCGCGGGACGUGGAAUAUUUCAAGAAAAUGUCAUGUUACAUUAUGCAAGAAGAUCUUCUUCAACCGUGGCUCACAGUUUACGAGGCGAUGCACUUUGCCGUGGACCUGAAGCUGGGUCACAUAUCGCGGACAGCAAAACUGACCGUCAUAGAAGAAAUAUUGGAUGUCCUACGAUUGAACCGCGCGAGGGAUACGACCUCCGAACACCUUUCGGGUGGCGAGAGAAAAAGGCUUUCCAUUGCCUUAGAACUCGUGAACAACCCGCCGGUAAUAUUCCUAGACGAACCGACUACAGGAUUAGAUGAGAUAUCGGCAGCGCAGUGCACGGAACUCUUGAAAUAUCUAGCGCGAUUAGGAAGAACGGUAAUCUGUUCCCUGCACACGCCUAGCGCGAGCAUCUUCGCGAAAUUCGAUCACGUCUACGUGAUAGCGGAUGGUCAGUGUGUCUAUAGAAGCACAGUAGAUAAUCUGGUGCCGUUCGUUCGACAAAUUGGCAUCGAGUGCCCGCAAUAUCACAAUCCUGCCGAUUUCGUGAUAGACGUAGCCGCGGGCGAAUAUGGGAUAGAAUGGAGGAAUCGAAUGAUGAACGCUGUAAACAAAGAAUUUCCUAUCGUUCCUAUUCCUCCGCCGAAAAGCCACGAGUCACAGUUUGGAAAUAAGAUAAGAAAAGUGUCCUGGCUCGAUCAGUUCCUCGUCUUAUCGAGGAGGAUGAUGUUACAAACAUAUAGGAAUAAGAAUUACAUGUACUUAAAGAUAAGCUUACAUAUAUUCCUCGGUUUCAUCAUCGGCGGUCUGUUUUUGAACGUCGGUAAUGACGGAUCGAAAAGUUUAUUCAACUUCGGUUUUUGUUUCGCGUGCUUGAUCAUCCUGCUCUACGUGCCCAUGUGCCCGGUAUUAAUGAACUUUCCUUCGGAAGUACAACUAAUUAAACGAGAAUAUUUCAAUAUGUGGUACGACUUGAGUCCUUAUUACUUUGCUUUCACGACGGUGAACAUACCGGUACAGAUAUCAAUAUCAUCGAUCUAUCUGUCGAUGGUUUACGUGUUCACGGAUCAACCUCUGGAGCUGUUUAGAUGCGCUAUGUUUUUCAGCACUUGUUUCGUAUGCGUUUUCAUAGCAGAAAGCAUGGGACUGGCCAUAGCCAGCACAUUGAAUAUUGUGAAUGGUACAUUCGUCGGACCUGCUCUAUCUGUUCCACUGAUGCUGGUCGCUAUACAAGGAUUAGGCGAAGGAACGGAAACUUUGCCUAUCUAUCGCCGACUGAUAAUGUAUCUGAGUUACAUCCGAUACGGUUUGGAAGGUCUGGUGACGGCCUUGUACGGUUAUAACAGAGAAAAACUGAACUGUCCGGCUAGUGAAAUAUUCUGCGAGUUCGGCGCGCCUCGACAGAUCCUACACUCGAUGCAAAUGGAGCAUGUGGUCUUCUGGGUCGACUUCGUUGCGCUGAUAAUUAUUCUUAUUGUUUUAAGAAUCAUCACGUUUUACUUAUUGAGGCAGCGGCUUAAACCGAACAAGACGUUCCAAACGAUUCGCUUAGUCGGGAGUCUGAUAAAGAGACAUUUUAACAUGGAUAGUUGAAACCAGCUCAAUUUAAAACAAUGAUAUGCGGAAUCUUGUCUCCCAAGGAAGUCAAUCUCUCACUUUUUCUUCCGAGUGUGUUACGAAAUCAAAUUACUUGUCGUUUAACAGCAGAAUCUCAUCUAUCUCUUGUACAUUACGAAAUAAUAGUUUAUAAAAUUAUUAUCAGAAAUUAGUGAAUAAACUAUCUUAAGAACAAAAA